GUCGCUACGAUUGUCAAACCAAACGACUGCCUGACAGACUCUCCUGAGGUCAAUAAAGCCAUAUUAACAAUUGAUUGAAACGGUUGUACGAAGCUGCUGCUGCUGCUGCGCUGGUGAUCACACAUAAGCCGUCUUCAGUAAGGAAAGUUGUCAGAGUCCGGCAAACAUAUCCAGCAUGCUGGCACCGCAGGCAGAUCGGGUCAUGGCACUCGGAGAAUGGGAGGAACGCUGGCAGGAGGAGAGAACUGGCUUCCAUCAGCCUCAUGUACACAAGAUGCUGGAGAACAAUAUUGAUAAAGUUCUUGCCGGACGGACAGGAGUUCGCUUCUUCUUCCCUCUCUGUGGGAAAGCAGUAGAUAUGAAGUGGUUAGCAGAUAUGGGCCAUUCAGUGGUUGGGGUGGAGAUAUCAGAAAAGGCCAUAAAACAGUUCUUUGAGGAGAACAACUUGACCUACAGUGAAGAGCCUGCCCCUGCCAUACCUGGAGCAAAGGUUUAUAAGAGCUCAGAGAAAAACAUCUCCUUAUAUCAAUGUGACCUGUACAACUUCUCCAGUUCCAUCGAGGGUCAGUUCGGGGCAAUCUGGGACAGGGGAUCUCUGGUGGCUAUCAACCCAAGAGACAGAGAAAAGUAUACUGCUCUCAUCAUCUCUCUCAUGGCUAAAGACUGCAGAUAUCUUUUGGACACUUUGCUGUACAAUCCCGAAUUAUAUAAAGGUCCUCCCUUUUUUGUGCCUGAUGAGCAAGUGCACAGCCUGUUUGGGAACAGCUGUGAUAUCGAGCUGGUGCACUCGGUGGAUGCCUUGACAGACAGACAGCGAGGCUGGGGGCUGGACUACCUGACCGAAAAUGUACACCUCAUCACUCUAAAGAGCAGUUAAAAUUAUUUUAUGCUUACACAUCUUCUUGAUAAAGCUCAGUUUUAGGGGAAAAUAGAGGUGAAUGGAAAUAAGAUGUCAAAAGAAUUUCUACUCAAAUUUUCAUAAAUGUUUUCAUAAUGUAACAUAAACUGUUUUCAAUGCCUGACGAAAUAAAACAUGUUUUGUAACAAGA